AUGGAGGUGACCUUGGAGCAGCACUUGGAGGACACAAUGAAGAAUCCUUCCAUUGCUGGAACCUUGCACACAGAUUCACAAGGACUUAAUUUGGGCUUCUGUGAGAGCCUGUCAGAUGAGCAUGCUGGAGUCAUAUCUGUUCUAGACUAGCAAGGCAAGCUAACCUCAGACCCAAAUGAUUCUCCUGUGGUGUAUGUAGAAUCAGAUAACGGGAGCAUUAUGAUCCAGAAACAUGACAGCAUCACAGUAGCAGUGUGCAAAAUGACCUCUUAA